AUGCUAAAAGGGAAGUGGGAAGCCCUCCGAGGCCUCGCACCAGGUCGGAACCAGUCCGAAAAAAGCUACGAAUCUAGCCUUACCGAUGAAGAAAAAGAGGACAUGAGACUAUUCAAAGAGAAUUUUGCAGCGGAGCUAAUUAGUCGAAAAUUCCCGGGAGCUCCCCAGUUCCUCCAGGAGCGCUUGGCCACGGCAAUGUUGCAGCGUCGGCAGCACUUCCUGUAUCUGAAGUGGCGUCAUUGCGCGCAGCCAGCCAGGCCAAGCAGAGCAUUACUCUCCAGGCUGUCCAAUACCGUGACCCCCGUGCCAAGCGUCAGCGAAACUAUUGCACCGCCGAUCCGUUCGCCCAGGGCGACCCUCAACGCUUCGACCGUGGCAUCCGCGACAUUUGCAACCGCACAAAGGUCCGUGGCACCCAAAGUCUGGGCUUCGCGGGGGAAAGCCAUGCAGGAGCUGGAGUUGGCAUAUCCUCCCUUGCCUAGUAGCAGGGCGGAACAUAUUUGUCCAUUCUGCUACCGGUCGCUCUCGGAAGAUGUGGUGCGAAGCGACAGAAUGUGGCGCAAGCACAUCGAUGAGGACCUAAAAGCGUACGUCUGUCUCCAGGAGAAAUGCUCAGUGCCAGACAAGACCUACGGCCAGGAAGACUGGCUCGCCCACAGUAGAAGAGAAUCAGCUGUUGCCGUCCCGGCAAAUGGAGAAGAGCUGUUUCGGUCCUGCCCGCUCUGCAACGCGAAUAUGGAUGUUCCCGACCAUGAGCGAAGAGAUCACAUCAAAAAUCAUCUUACGUUUCUUGCUUUGAAGUGUCUUCCGUGGGGGGAAGAUGUGCAGUCUUUCCCAUCCAACAACUCGACCCCUUUCGGGAGCGCUAGCUCUGUGGCUGGGAGUUCGUACUCCGGCCCAUCGGCAGGGUCAUUGGAUUUUGAAGACCUGCAACCGACUCUGCCGCCUGAAUCGGAUGAAGAACUCGCUUGGGAUGGUGCCGUGGAUAUUGCUGGGAAAGGUGCUGGAGAAUUGAGGCAGGAGGAGUGGGGGCCUAUCCUUGAUUCUAAGCCGACCACACAUGAUCCUGAUCCACUGCUUUUAUCAAUAGGCGAGCAACAAGUAUCUUUCAGAGGAAGUUAUUUUAGUUGA